AUGUUCAACAUUGUGACAAUUUACGCGAUACACAAAGCUGCGACAAUUGCAAAACCUUUAAAAACGCUUCUUCUACACCUCGCCUUUUCCGAUGUGGCCGUUGGUUUAUUUGGUCAACCACUUUACAUUUCACUUCUUAUCAAGUGGUUACGAAUGGAGAAUCCAAGCUGUAACGCUUACUUAAUAUUAAGUAUUUCUGGCGCUUUAUUGUCCCUUGCUUCGUCCUUAGGUGUUCUGGUUGUAAGUAUGGAAAGGUUCUUAGCUGUUCAUCUUCACCUCAGAUACCAAGAGCUUGUGACUCACAAGCGUGUUGUUUAUAUGGUGAUCUCUAUGUGGGUGUACAGUACAUUUGUUUCUUUAACAACAUUGUGGGGGCUGCGUAGCACUCGAGAUGCCAUUGGUUUAGCUAGUGCAGCUAUUGGCUUUAUUCUCAUAUUGGUAUUCUAUAUCAAGAUUUAUUUAACUGUCCGAAGGCACAAGAAUCAGAUGCAGUCCAUGCAAAUACAAGGAGAAGCUCAGUCAGAUGAGAUAAAAAAAUUUGCUGCCCUCAUUAAAUCUACAAUUAGUAUUUUCUACGUAACUAUCGUGCUUGCAAUUUGUUAUUUGCCUUUCCAAAUUUGCUCGGCUGGUUUUAGAAUCUAUGGCUCGAGCACUGCUUUGAAAAAAUUCAAUCUUCUCUCUCUGACCCUCAUCUUUCUUAAUUCAUCGCUGAACCCUGUCAUCUACUGUUGGAAGAUGAGACAUGUUCGACGCGCUAUCAUAGACAUACUUCGCAAGAUGUCUCGGAGCAGAAACCAGUCACCCCGCCUAAUGUACAAUCAGUCUUCAAGGGUCGUUCCUGAUAAUCACUGAACACCUUUCUUUGUCUGCGUGACAGAUUUUAUGACAUUCAAGUUUCAGGCUUUUAAAUGUACGGCAUUAUUAAUGUCUGUUUUGUAAAUACAAAACUAGUUAACAUUUCUUACCUUCUAAAAUGUUGACUUAAGUCAUACGUUUCAAAAUGGUGUAUACUUUUGUAUGAAGUUAGCAACAAUCGAGCAUAUUUUAAGACGAAGGUAGAGUCAGUGAACGGAUCCACUCGUGUCAAAUUUCCAAAAAAUACAUAUACCGUAAACAUUAGCAUAACAAUAUGUAGCUAUCUGAAGUUCCCAGUUUUAAUUCAAUUGGUAAGGAGCUCAAAUCUUUGCAGUUUUAUCCCUCCAGUGUCGACACCAGAGACCUUCUUUCAACAAUGAUAGCCGACUUUAUUUUUAACAGUUUUCUAACUUAUACCGCCAUCAUAUUGAACGUUGUGACAAUCUACGCUGUGCACAAAGCUUCGACAACUGCAAAAGCAGUUGAAUCUUUCCUUUUCUGA